AUGGUAGAGCCAACCGGCUCAGCGUCAUUAGGGGCAGCGUCCAGAGCUCUCUUCGUGGAGAAAGUACGCGCAUCCAAUGCAGCAUGUCAGGCUGGUGAUUUUUCCACGGCCGUUGCAUUAUACACUGAUGCGUUGACUCUAGAUCCAGCGAACCACAUCCUGUAUAGCAACAGGUCCGCGGCCCGACUAAAGCAAGGCCAGUUCGCAGCGGCCCUGCAAGAUGCGACCAGGGCGCGGGAACUCUGUCCCAACUGGCCGAAAGCGUACUACAGACAAGGCGUGGCCCUCCAAUGUCUGGGUCGGCAUGGCGAGGCCCUGGCGGCCUUCAGUUCCGGCCUGGGCGUCGAACCCACCUCCCGGCAGCUACUCGCCGCACUGGUGGAGGCCUCACUCAAGUCGCCUUUACGCGUCACCCUCGAGCCCACGUUCAGGCAACUGGAGGCCAUGAAACUGGACCAGUCUCCCUUUGUCCUGAUAUCGGUUGUAGGACAAGAGUUGCUGGCGGCCGGGCAAUAUCAAGCCGCCGUGACAGUGCUAGAAGCGGCGUUGCGGAUCGGGUCUUGCUCUCUGAAAUUAAGGGGUUCGGUGUUCAGCGCGCUAUCCUCCGCUCACUGGGCGCUAAGCCAGCUGGACGCGGCCAUCAACUACAUGCAGCAGGACCUGGCGGUGGCAAAGUCCCUCGGGGAUACGGCGGGCGAGUGCCGCGCGCACGGGAACCUCGGCGCCGCCUACUUCAGCCAGGGUUCCUACAAGGACGCCCUGACGGCGCACCGCUACCAGCUGGUGCUUGCCAUGAAAUGCAAGGACACCCAAGCCGCGGCCGCCGCGCUAACCUCGCUGGGGCACGUAUACACUGCAAUAGGGGACUACCCCAACGCCUUAGCCAGCCACAAGCAAUGCGUGCAGCUAGUCAAACAGAUGGGCGACCGUCUCCAAGAAGCGCGGGAAAUCGGCAACGUGGGCGCAGUGUACCUGGCGAUGGGAGAAUUCGAUUCGGCGGUCGACUGUCACACGCAGCACCUGCGGCUGGCGAGGAGGCUCGGCGAUCAGGUGGAGGAAGCGAGGGCGUACUCAAAUCUCGGCUCGUCGUAUCACUACCGACGCAACUUCUCCCAAGCGAUCGCGUAUCACGAGAACGUCCUGCGGAUCGCACAGAACCUAGGCGACAGAGCCAUCGAGGCGCGAGCCUAUGCUGGCUUAGGGCAUGCGGCAAGAUGCGCUGGCGACUACGCGCAGGCUAAGAAAUGGCACGAAAGACAACUAGACGUCGCUUUGGCGGCCAGAGACAAGGUGGGCGAAGGGAGGGCUUGUUCAAACUUAGGCAUCGUUUAUCAACUUCUUGGCGAGCACGACGCUGCGCUGAAACUGCAUCAGGCACAUUUAUCAAUCGCCCGACAGCUGCAGGACAAAGCAGGGAUGGGCCGGGCUUACGGGAACAUUGGCAAUGCGUAUUCGGCGGCCGGGUUCUACGAGCAGGCGAUCAAGUACCACAAGCAGGAGCUGACCAUAUCGAAGGAAGUCCAUGACAGAAGCUCUGAGGCCUCCACGCACGGGAACCUGGCCGUCGCAUACCAGGCCCUGGGCGCCCAUGAUAUGGCACUCUUCCACUAUCGGGCACAUCUAGGCAUUGCACGUGAAUUGAAAGACGCCGCUGGCGAGGCGUGCGCUCUCCUGAAUCUCGGCAACUGCUUAUCCUCCCGGGGGGAGUUUGCGCAAGCGGUGCCCUAUUAUGAGCAGCAUCUCAUGCUGUCGCAAGAGCUCGGUGACGUCACUGCUGAGGCGAAAGCCUGCCACUUCCUGGGAUACGCGCAUUACUGCUUGGGGAAUUACAGGGAGGCUGUCAGAUACUACGACCAGGACCUGUCGUUGGCAAAGGACCUGCAAGACAAGAUGAACAUGGGAAGAGCGUACUGCAACUUGGGGCUAGCGCACCUGGCGCUUGGAAACUUGGAGACGGCGCUGGAAUGCCAGAAGUACUUUUUGGCGAUAGCGCACAUGACCCAGCAUCUCCAGGGCAAGUUCAGGGCGCUGGGCAACAUUGGGGACGUGUUAAUCAAGAUGGGCGAUGUAGAAGAAGCGGUUAAGAUGUAUCAACGACAACUAAGGUUCGCUAGGGAGGCCCGCGAUCGUUCGCUGGAAGCGGCGGCAUGUGGUGCUUUAGGACUUGCACGUCGUUUGCAGAGAAGGCUAGAUGCUGCCCUAGGGCAUCACACGCAGGAGCUGACACUCAGACAAGAGGCGGGCGACGCAGCAGGGGAGGCGCGGGCGCAUUCGCACCUCGGUGCAGUCCACAUGGCCCUCGGGCAUUAUUCGCAUGCCGCGCGCUGUUAUAGGGAACAGCUAGAAAGGGCACAAGAGUUACAGGACUGUGCCCUGGAGGCGCAAGCGUAUGGCAACCUCGGCAUUGCUAAGCUGAACAUGGGGCAUUACGAAGACGCAAUAGGAUAUCUAGAACAGCAACUCGCGAUCCUCGAGCGGGUGAACACCCCCACGUGCCAGCUGGACAAAGCGCGCGCCCUGGGCUCGCUUGGCGACUGCUACGACGCCCUUGGCGACCCCGAUGAGGCCAUCAAAUGCCAUGAGCAACAUCUCGCCGCCGCUCUCAAACUGGACAAUGCGCGAGAGCAAGAAAGGGCUUACCGCGGUCUCGGUCUCAGCCAUAAGUCAGUGGGCAAUCUACAGCAAGCCCUGGUGUGCCUUGAGAAACGGCUGGUGGUAUCCCACGAGCUGGGCGUACCCGAGGCUAAAGCCCAAGCAUACGGGGAGCUGGGGGCCCUGCACAUCGCCCUCAAUAAUUUGGAACAAGCAGUGUCCUGCUUGGAACAUCAGAAGAAUAUUGCUAAAGAGCUGAACAACCAAAUAAUGGAAGCGGAGGCGUGGCACUCGCUGGGCGUGGCACAGCAGGCGCGCGGGGAGCACGCGGCAGCCGUCAAGCAUCACCGCGCCGAGUUGGAGAUCGCUCACCGCCUCGGCCUCACGCAUCUUCAGGCGCGAGCUUGCGGUGGCCUGGGAACAGCGCACGCGUCUAUGGGCGCGCACGCAGAGGCAGCGCGCUGGCACGAGUCCCGCCUGCGUCAUGCCACCGCUGCUGGAGAUACUAGAGGCCGUGCAAACGCUUUAGCCGACUUAGGUAGAUCGCAUUUGGCUAUGGGUGCUUGUGGCAGCGCGGUAUCCUACCUCAGGCAGGCCUUGGCAGCCACCGAGGGGCUUUCUGAUGCAGAUGAGGAGGCUAAAGUACGCCAUCGGCUCGGGUUCGCGCUGUGGGCUUCUGGGGAGCUGGACGAGGCCAAGGAGCAACUCCAAGCAGCCCUCACCGUCCUGGAGUCAGGCAACGACAAACACCGCGACAGGAAGGCCGCAGCCCUGUAUACCUCCACGCAACACGCCUUGCAGCGGGUGCUCGUUGAGUUGGGUCGUCACCCCGAAGCAUUAGUAGUGGCAGAGAGAGGCCGCUGCCGCUCCCUCGACAUCAUCACAGAGAAGCAGCCAGGCACCCUGAACCAAGCCAAUCUUGAACUGCACACAGCUCAGAGAAACCUAGCCGAGGACGCAAACAAAGACAGGAACGAGCUAUGGAGUCCAACCAAUGUGGAGCAAAUUCUAGAAGUAGUGAACAAGCAAAAAGCGCCCGUGUUGUAUUACAGCUUAGCGGCAGGAAAACUGUACGCUUGGCUUUUGCAGCCUCAUAAAGGUAUUCUGCGAUUCCAUCAAGUAUCUCUAUUGGACCAAAAUGAGGACAGCGACAAUAGUCUUCCAGAUAUCAGUCCUGACGACCUGCAACCGAGUGGUGGCUCUUUGGGCAAACUGGAACGUUACAUCGGCGAGUGGUCGGCGUGGCUUAAGACCGCGGAGAGACGAAACGAGGAAGACCAAUGGGAGCCGGAUGAAAGGCCCAACGCGGGCCUGGCGAGAAUGGUGACACGCAAUCAUCUACUGAACUCGUCUAAUUACUCACUCAGCUCACUGUUUAGCGUGGGCUCGGUGGGUGGCUCAGUAGCAGGCUCGGUAGCCAGUUUACAAGGGUCUACUAGGUCAAGUGCACAUGGUGCCCGUAAGAAGCAGCAGGCGUGGCAAGGCCCGCCUUGCCUCAACAUGCUCUACCAGAUGCUUAUCGCGCCCUUCGAGGAUCUCCUGCCUGCCUCUUGCAACAACAAUCAUGCGUCGCACGGCCGCCGAGGCUGCGGGGGCAGGCGCGAGCUCGUGGUGGGCGUGGAGGGGGCGCUGUACGCGUGCCCCUGGGGCGCCCUCAGGGCGGCCGGGGACGCAGAGCCCCUCUGCGAGCGGUACGCCCUGCUCGCCGCGCCCGCCCUGCGCCCCCUCCGCCACCCGCGCCCGCGCACGCGCCCCGACAGGGACCACGGUUCGUCAACAACGAACGCUGCGGAGGCAGGAAUGCGGUGCCUGGUUGUGGGCGGCCCACGUGUGGGCGGCUCUCGCUGGGCCAGCGUCCAUGCGCAGCUCAAAGAGGCAGAACUCGUAGCGGAUAUGCUACGUGUUACCCCACUUACCGAUUAUCAAGCAUCGAAAGAAGCAGUACUGGUACAACUGUCGCAAGCGGAAUGCGUACACUUCGCUACUCACGUCUGCUGGAAAACACCUGGAAUAGUCCUAAGCCCCGGUGAAGUUGUCGAUUCCCAGGCGAAACGUUUACUGAACACCAGCGUUGGCAGCGGAGUCGUUGACACCUCAAUAGAAAACGAAGAGGAAAAUUCCGAGAUGCCACCCAGCAACGAGGAACUGCCACCCACUGCAGAGUUCAUGUUGACUGCAUCCGAAAUCAUGAAUAUGAAAAUCACCGCGAGAUUGGUGGUGAUAUCUUGCGCGCCGUCGAGCGCGGCGCUCACCGAGACGGCGGAGGGGGAGGCGGCGGUGGCGGCGGCGGGAGGGGGGGUGUCGCGGCUCUGCAGGGCUCUGCUGGCGGCCGGAGCCCACGCGGUGCUGCUGGCCCUAUGGCCGGCGCCCCAAGACACGGCCACCAAGAUACUGUACCGCGCGCUAUACUCCGCCCUACUGCAAGGCAGCCGCGUCGCCAAGGCGCUGGGCGACGCGAUGCAGACGGUGCGCCACACGAAGCACUUCGCACACCCGGCCCACUGGGCGGGGCUGGCGCUGCUCGGCGCCAACGUGCGCCUCAGCAACAAGGUGGCGCUCAUGGGGCAGGCGCUCUGCGAGCUGCUCGCCGCGCCCGACAAGUGCCGGGACGCACUUCGAGUCUGCCUGCACUUGGUAGAGAAAUCUCUACAAAGGAUAGUGAGGGGGCAGAAAAACGCUAUGUACACGACACAGAAGAGCAUCGAGAAUAAAGCCGGACCUGCCACUGGUUGGAGGGAACUUUUGAUGAGCGUCGGUUUCAGGUUCGAACCAGCGGCAAAUGGAAUACCGUCAAGUGUUUUCUUCCCUCAGAGCGACCCUGAAGAACGAUUGACUCAGUGCUCAGCCAGUUUACAAGCCCUAUUAGGGCUGACACCAACAACUCUCCAAGCGUUGUCCAAACUCAUAUCCAACGGUGACGUGGCGGAUGAAAUCAUCGGAGUCAUCCGCUCGGUCAUUUCCCAAUUCUCCGUCAAAAAUUCUGAGGGCGACACCAUCGAGGUUGCCGUGAACGUCAGACUUUGGCGGGUAAACGGUUGCCAUGAACUGCUGGCGUCGUUGGGCUUCGAUCUUGCAGAAGUGGGACAGGAUGAGGUCACCCUUCGUACCGGCAAGACCGCCAACAGACGUCACAUACAGUUCGUCUUGCAAGCACUACUCGCACUGUUUGACACUCAAGAAGCUCCUCGAAGUCUAAGUUUGGAGUCGAGCUCGAGCGUCGAGUCAUUGGCCUCUAUCGACGAUGGCGAUUUGGAGCCCCACUCCGACGGAGAACCACCGCCGCGACAACAUCGCCAAGAGAGCGUGUCGUCGGUACCGCCUCCGCCGUUGCCUUUGGGAUCUUGCGGCGGCGCCUUCACCAUGUACGUGCGUGGCACCACGUCCAAUACAGAGGUCGGUCGCGGCGAACCGGAUGGUAGAACCGCUCCACCGCCGGCCCCUCCCCCGCCCCGAUAUCGAGGAGAGAGUGACGCAGCAUUCACCCCCUCGCCCCCCGCCGCCCCACCCUCCACCUCGACCGCACCUCCGAGGGACGUGUCGCUCGCAUUGGCACAUCAAACCAAGAUCAGGACGCUUUACACUAGACGGCCGCCGUCUACUGACGAUUCCGACUGGGAGAGCUCCGGCCACGACACCGUACUACGUAGACGCCCCGAACACUCGCAUACGAGGUAUCUUGACGCCUUCUACGACCUAGCGUCAGCGCAGCCCAGGCGAACCGAAGAAGAGAAGGUGGACCAGUCUAUUAACCAACCAUCGACUUCGAAGAGAGUCUCCCGACCGAAGAUGGGCGCGAGCAGCAGAGACUCCAUGGCACAAGUUCGACACAUGAGCGGGGAGCUAACUCCGACGAUUUCGGAAGUAUAUCAUGAGAGGAACAUCGGCUUAGGCCUUGCUCCGCCAUUGGCCGAACUGUUGUUGGCCGAGGAAUCCAAGACUGAAAUGAGGGCGGCCAGCUCUAGUGAAAAUCUACUGUUGCAGAAUUUGGAGAAACUUGGCCUUUUGGGUGACACGAGCGAAAACGAAGAACGGUGGUGCAGCAAUACCACAUCGAGGCCUUGGCUCUCCGCUCCCCCCUUAGAAACUGAUGUUCAGGGAUCGGAUCUGACCACGGCGGAAAUAAUCGAGCGUCAGGCGAAAUUUAAAAAAGACGUGGAACCCAAACGGAAGGAGGAGAACGCAUACGAGUUGAAGCUGAAAGAAGAGACACCUGGGCCGAGUGGAAUAGAGAAAAGAUCGGUGUCCCCGUUCUCGGAACUCUCGCGUAGAGAUGAGGGGGACGGCAGAAGUAUUGCCGACUCACAUUCUUCGUACAAGGCGCUCGUCCUGAACCCCCGUGCCCCGUUUCUACCCGAGGAAGGUGAGAGUGGAAUAACCGCGGCCAACGAGGGAGGAAAAACCCACCCCAGGGCUCGGAGGCCACCAGUUCCGCGUACCAGACCAGCUUACACCACCCUCGACUUUCCACCGAACAAA